AUGGAGUUAAGGAUUUCCAGCCUCGCCGGGCUGGAGCUGCGCUUGAGCGUUGCAGCUGAGAUCCUGGGCAGCGAGCUCCUGCAGCUCGUGCGGUCCCAGCUGCCUCCAAAACCCGGGGCCGUGCUUCACCUCAGCUUCGGCGGCGUGGCGAUGUCACCGGAACGGCGGUUCAUGGACCAAGACUUGCCGUUGGACGGGGUUUACACGUACACCCAAACCAAUCUGCUUGUUGCGUGGGAAGCGCUGACAGGACGUCGCAACGAAACCAAUGCCCAAGCUUUGGACGGAAUCACAGAGCUGAGCUGGCACAGACAAAGCAUGGAUGUCCUUUCCACUUUGGGCUUGCCAAUGACCCUGCAGAGCCUGACAUUUGGCACAAUGUUGAACCGAAGAUUGCAGGGCUUGGCAUUGCCCAGCAGCCUGCAGAGCUUGACUUUGGGCAAUCGGUUCAACCACACUUUGCAGGCAGUGAGUCUGCCGCCCAGCCUGCAGAGCCUAACAUUUGGCGACGAGUUCAACCAAAGUUUGCAAGGAGUGAGUCUGCCCAGCACCCUGCGGAGCUUGACUUUUGGCGAUGACUUCGACCAAAGCUUCCAAGGAGUGUGCUUGCCCAGCACCUUGAAAGUAUUGGCCUUUGGCUAUGACUUCAAUCAAAACAUGCAAGGGGUGACUUUGCCCUGCUCCUUGCAGGAUCUGACGUUUGGCAAUAGCUUUAACCGAAGCUUUCACGGGGUCAGUUUGCCCGCGGCUCUGCAGAGCCUCACCUUUGGAAAUAACUUUGACCAAAGCUUGAGGGGAUUGACUUUACCUGGGGCCCUGCAAAGCCUGAGGUUUGGUUCGCGAUUCAACCAAAGCUUAGAUGCAGUGUGCCUUCCCAGCCUCUUGCAGAGCCUGAGGUUUGGCAAUGACUUCAACCAAAGCUUACAGGGAGUCAGUUGGCCCAGCGCUUUGCAGAACCUGACCUUUGGCGACAGAUUCAAUCAAAGCAUGGGAGCGAGUUUGCCAAGAGGCCUGCAACACCUGAUGCUGGGCAAUCAGUUCAUGCAACCUUUGGGAAGUCUGCCUAGCUCCUUGCAGGGCCUGACGUUCAGUUGCAGUCUUGACCACUCGGGCAGACUAAGUUUGCCAAGCACCCUGCAAAGCCUGACCUUUGGCGACAGGUUUGACCAAAGCUUGCAAGGGCUCACCUUGCCCGGCACUUUGCAGAGCCUGACCUUCGGCAACGACUUUAACCAUAGCUUGGUGGGCGUGACUUUGCCCAGCACGCUUCAGAGUCUGAAGUUUGGCUACAGAUUCGACCAAAGUUUGCAAGGAGUGAAUCUUGCGCCCGCCUUACAGAACUUGACGUUGGGUGAUCAAUUCAACCAACACCUGCAGGGUGUGACGUUACCCAGCUCCCUGCAUAGCCUGACGUUUGGAAAUGACUUCAACCAAAGCUUACAGGGAGUGAAUUUGCCCUGCGCGAUGAAGAGCCUGACGUUUGGCGACCAGUUCAACCAUAGUUUGCAAGGACUGACUCUACCGACCCUGCAAGAUCUUGCAUUCGGCUAUGUCUUCGACCAAAGCUUGCAGGACGUGUGCUUGCCUAGCACCCUGCAAACUCUCAAGUUUGGCUACAGAUUUAACCAGACCCUGCAGGGAGUCAGUCUGCCUAGAAGCCUUCGCAACCUUGCCUUUGGCGGUUGCUUCAACCACAGUUUGCAGGACAUUUGUUUGCCCAACGCUUUGCAAUGCUUGACGUUUGGUGAGCAGUUCAACCAAAGUAUGCAGGGAGUGAGUUUUCCCAGGACCCUUGAGAGCCUAACCUUUGGCCAGUGCUUCAACCACACUUUGCAAGGAGUGAGCCUGCCAAGUGGCUUGCAGACCCUGACGUUUGGCAAUCAGUUCACUCAAAAUUUGCAAGGAGUGAAUCUUCCCAGCUGCUUGCGCAAAGUUGGUGGUGCCGGCGUCACUGUUGCCAGCUGA